AUGGACGCACUAAUCGCAGAAAUUAACCAGCGCGGAAAGGAGUACGAAGAUGGUUAUGUUGGUUCAGAUGAGGAAGAAGAGAUGCCGCAGGCGGAACGUGACCUUGCUGAAGAUGCUCAGUGGAAAAUCUUCCAAAAGAAUACUUUUACUCGCUGGGCUAAUGAGCAUCUGAAACAAGCAAAAAUCUCAGUGAAUGAUAUACAGACAGAUUUUUCCGAUGGCAUAAAACUUAUACGAUUGGUCGAAGUGUUGUCUGGCCGAAAAUUUGCCCACGUAAAUAAAAAACCUACUUUUCGUACUCAGAAACUGGAAAACGUGACGAUGGUGCUUAAAUUCCUUGAGGACGAUGAAGGCUUGAAGUUGGUCAAUAUUGACAGCACCGACAUCGUUGAUUGUCGAUUAAAGCUAAUUCUUGGACUCAUAUGGACACUCAUUUUGCACUACUCAAUAUCCAUGCCCAUGUGGGAAGGUGAAGAAGAACUGCCCCAGGAUCCCAAAGGCAAAGGCCCUUCGCCAAAACAGCGUAUACUUGCUUGGACAAACUCCAAAAUGCCUGACCGUCCAGUAAAAAAUUUGACAACAGAUUGGAAUGAUGGAACUGCGAUUGCUGCACUUAUCGAUGCAUGUGCUCCGGGCCUGUGUCCCGACUGGGAUACAUGGGGUUCAAGAAGUCCGUUGCAAAAUGCUACAGAAGCAAUGACUGCUGCACAAGACUGGCUCGAUGUGCCCAUGUUGAUCCGACCGGAAGAAAUGAUUGAUCCAAAAGUGGAUGAAAAGGCAAUGAUGACUUACCUUAGCCAAUUCCCUAAUGCUAAGCUGAAGGAAGGAGCUCCACUCCGCCCCAAAAUCAACCCAGCUCGUGUUCGUGCUUAUGGUCCAGGACUUGAAGAGAGAGGGAAUACAGUAAACUCAACAGCCAGGUUUACCGUUGAGACUUUUGCUGCUGGCCGCGCUAACCUCGAAGUCAUUGUCCUCACUACUGGAGGUUCAACGAUCCCCUGCGAAAUCGUCAAAAAUGAGGACAGGAACCUCACAUAUUCUUGCAGCUACGUACCAAAAUCAGAGGGUCAGUAUCGUGUCAUUAUCAAAUACGCCGGAAAGGAUGUUCCGAAUUCCCCGUUCCUAGUCAACGUUGAAGGAGCUCCAGGAGACCCCAAAAAAGUCAAAGUUUCUGGUCCUGGCAUCGAGUUGAAUGGUGGCAACUGUGUCGGUCGACGAACUUUCUUUAACGUUUUUACUCAAGAUGCCGGUGCUGGUCUUGUUGCCUGUGAGGUUGUUGAUUCCAAUGGCAGGAAGGACACAAUCAAGCCUCGCAUCACUCGUGCCGAUAGUGAUGGUCCUUUCCUCGUUGAGUACACACCAAAAAUUGAGGGCCCACACAAGGUCGAAGUCCUCUUUGCUGGGCAGACUAUUCCAAACUCGCCUUUCCCUGUUAACGUUGGCCCUCCAGCGGCUCUAGCGAAUCUCCAAGUUGCUGAGGCUCUAAAGAGUCAGCGCCCUGUCACGAAAGAGCCAAAGCCACCUGGUUCCGGGGCAACAUUGCCUUUCACCCCUGUGAACGCCCCAGGUCAACCUCCCGCACCACAGGCUGGUGCGGCCACCAUGCCUUUUAAUCCUGCAGAAGCAAAAGGUCCUGGUCAGGGUGUCAUCGAACCGAAGACCGCCCCACCCCAGAGCACCCCUUCAGGACAGCCUUUGGGACCCGCUGGUUCCGGGGCCAAAAUGCCAUUGGUGGCUCCUACCGCAACUCCAGCCUGCAAUCCCAGCCUCGUGUACGCAACCGGCCGUGGAGUGCGAGAAAAGGGCAUUCGGGUUUCAGACGUUGUCGAAUUCCAGAUCCACACAGAGCGCGCCGGCGGACCUGGAGAGUUGUUUGUUCAGUUGAAGCGUCCUGACGGUCAAGUAGAACCAGUCCAAGUGGUUAAGUCUUCUAAUCAUCUCUACAACUGUACGUACACGCCUCAGCGUCCUGGACAGUAUACACUUGUUGUUACUUACGCUGGUGAAAACAUCAAAAAUGCACCAUUUAAGAUCAUUGUGGGUCCUCACAAACAAUCAAAGAUACGCGCGUUUGGUCCAGGGCUGUCAAAGGGAGUCGUGAAAACGCCUAAUUUGUUCACUGUUGUUUCAAAUGACGAGGCCGGAGCUCUUGGUUUCUUGAUUGAGGGACCAAGUUCGGCCACAAUCAAUUGUGUAGACAAUGGCGAUACCUCCGCCGAAAUUUCUUACCAAGUUGCCCUUCCUGGUGAGUAUGCAAUCCACGUAACCUGCGACGACGAGGACAUCCAAGGAUCACCGUUCAUGGCAAUGAUCGAGGAACCCUCCGGUAUUGACGUUAAAAGAAUUGACGUUUUUGGAAAGGGUAUCAGUCGAACCCCUGGCGAUGUAAUAAAGGGUGUCCAAACAGAUUUUACGAUUGACCUUACGCAAGUGAUGUCGACGGUUUUGCAAGUCGCCAGCAAGAAAAAUAUUGCACCCAAGGACUUGCUCUUUGUUGAAUGUCGUGACUCGUUUUGCGAGAUCAUCCCACUUGAAGUUUCGGAAGUCUCAACCGGCAAAUUUAACUUCAAAUACACACCUAAGACCAUUGGCACCGUCACCAUCCAUAUGGCCAUUGAUGGCCAGUGUCUGCAGCAGUCUGGAACUCGGGUCCCUGUUGGCCUUGAUGCAAUCUACAGUGGAAUCAAACUUUUCGGACCUGGACUGGAAUCUGCGAAAGUCAAGACACCGACACACUUCACAAUGGAUCUCACUAGCCUACCACAAUCUUCUAGCCAAAAAAGUAUCAUUUCUGAAACUGUCUUCCACAUCACGGGAGAAGACGGGAAUGUUGUCGUUCCCAAAGUUAUUGAUAACCAAAACGGUACCUACCGAAUCGAAUACACAGCCCCUGAAAACUCAUCUGCACUUUGUAUCUCUGUACUUGUCGCCGGCAGCCAAAUCGCCCAGAGUCCCUAUGUGGUGCCUGUUAGUCCAGAGUUUGACAUUUCAAAACUAAAGGUCACUGGUCUGAACAACAAAGUUAAUGUCAACGUCCCACAGCAGUUCACGAUUGAUACGGGUGGUACACCUGUGUUGAACAAAAUCCCCACUGUGCUCAUCAAACCACGGGGUUCAUCAGGAACGAUUCCUUGCACUGUAAAGAAAGCCCCUCAUGGUUUCGACGUUAAUUACACCCUUACACAAGCUGGUGAAUAUACUGUUCAAAUCGUAUUCGACAAGUACCCUGCCGCCGGCCCCUUUAAAGUUGAAGCACUUCCGUCAUCUCAACAAGUUCCACUUAAUGCGAGCCAACCCGCUGCUGUUGAUGUGCCAGUUACAGUGCCUGGUAGACCAAUUGUUCCACUGAUUGCUGCCCAUAAUACUGCUCUGCUAAAGUCCGGGACCUUAAAGGAACCCACACCAUUGUACACGGGAACUCUUGCUCCACUUCAGUUGGUAUCGCCUCAAAUGUCCGCUCCAGUCAAGAGAACCGCUGAAACUUGUCCCUUACAAGCCCCAGUCCAGGCAAAAGUUGCAAAACCGGAAAACGCCGUGGAAAACAUUGUGCCACUGCAAACAAACGCUCCCCUCCAGACGCAACCAGGACAGCAGGCCUUUGGCCAAGCCAGAAAGCCAGAUGGAGAACUGCCCAGUGGCCAGAAAAUGGGACCGGCAUUUCAGUCACCCGGACCCAAUGCUCGUCCAGUGGGCCAGGCGUGUGGGUCUGAGCAAGUACCACGUGUAACUGCUCAGGAGGUAGGCAGGGUUCAAGCUAUGCAACCUAAACUUCAACAAGGACAGUAUCAGCCGGAUCCGCUUCUUGCUGGCCCGGGGCAGUAUGGGCAGCCACGGCCACCUAUUUUGCCUAGUGAAAAGGAAGAGGCCAUCCAAAACAGUAAGUGGCCACAGCCUAGUGCAGACGAACCGGCUGGUAAAGUCACGGCCUAUGGACCUGGACUAGAGAAAGCUAUGGCCACUGUGCCCGCUGAAUUUACAAUCGACAGCACCAAAUCAACACCCGGUCCGCUCAGUGUUACUAUCGAGGGCCCGCAACAACCUAAGGUGACUUGCACGGACAAGGGCAACAAGACUUGCGGGGUUACCUACACUCCUCCUGUCGCUGGAGUCUACACAAUAAACGUGCUCUUUGAUGGAAAGAAGCAUAUUUCGGGUAGUCCCUUUGUAGUUCAAGCCUACCCUGCUGGCAAAGCAGAUCUUAAUGUGGACAAGAUCAAGGCUUACGGACCUGGACUGCAGCCAAAGGGUGUCUUCAAGGACUGUCUGACGAAGUUUAUUGUCGACGCGCGGGAAAUCGACACUGUUGGACAGGAGCCGGUCAGCGCUAUUGUCAAGGCCCCUGACGGUAGGCGUUUUGCGUCAAACGUUGUGAACAACCACGACGGAACCUAUCUAGUGACUUACUCGACUAUAAUGGAAGGCCAACAUGCUAUUGAGGUUUCUUAUGGCGGUGUGCAAAUCCCAAGCAGUCCCUUUAUGGUGGAUGUGUCUUCUGGGUUUGAUGCUUCCCGGGUUCGAGCAUAUGGCCCUGGCCUCGAAGCCUCCGGUCCACACCUCAGGCCGAAUGUCAAGACUGAAUUCACCGUCGACAUGAAUGGCGCAGGAAAGGGCGGCCUCGGUCUGUCUAUCGAGGGUCCCGCUGAUGCAGCCAUCAACUGCAUUGACAACAAAGACGGCACCUGCACCGUGGAGUAUACACCUAGCAUGGCUGGCUCGCAUGACAUCCACCUCAAGUUCAACGACGUCGAAAUACCAAUGAGCCCAUUCCAUGUGAGAAUUCAGGGCGAUGCGGAUGUUAGCAAGGUGCGUUGCUUUGGACCUGGAUUGGAACCGAACAAGGUCCGCGCCUCCAUCCCUGCAACCUUCAUGGCGGACACAAGCCAGGCGGGCAAUGCUCCGAUUGAGGCAACAUUUACACCAGUCCCCGGAGCUGCACCAGUCCCUGCUUCUGUGGACGCAGUGCCAAAUCAGCCUGGUCUCUACGAAUGUACGUACGUCCCGCAGGCAGUUGGACCCUGCCAGGUGGAUGUCACCUGUGAGGGAAUGCCUGUUAUGGGAUCUCCCUUCAUCAUACCCGUUAGGCCAACAACCGAACCCGAAAAGGUGCGUAUCGGAGGCGCUGGCAUCCGUGGACCAGUGCAGGCCAGCAUGCCAUCUACAUUCACGGUUGAUGCUACCGACGCUGGCCAUGGUGAUUUGCAACUCGACGUUAUGGAUCCUGUCGGCCACAGUUUGCCAAUUAGCGUUAUCCCUAUAACGCCAGAGGAGCUCCAGCAAGCGAACACCGCUCCCUUCCAAAGGAAAUCAAUCCAGCCUACCGAGACACCGAACGACACAGGACUUUUGGCCUGCACUUACGAGCCCUUCAUUGUUGGUGAACACAAGAUACAUGUUAUGUACGCUGGCACUGAGAUCCCCGAAAGUCCAUUUGUCUUCGAAUCCGUACCUGUGGGCCGUGCAGAUCUGUGUGAGAUCACUAGUGAGGUGAAGCCGCGCAUCGCCGUUGGUGAUGAGACGUGCGUGACGGUGCAGAAGGGGAAGGCGGGUCCAGGCAACCUCAUGUGUCGUGCUACCCUCGUCGCGGGCGAGAAACGCAUCGAUUUGCCCGUCGAAGUUGAGGACAAUGGGGAUGGCACAACCACUGCCUACUUCACUCCCACGGAACCUGGAGAGGUUCAGGUCGAGCUGAGGUUCGGUGGCCAGCUUAUCCCCGACGGAAAAUUCACCCAGGAGGCAGCCGUUGUAGUAAGACCCUCAGGAGCCCAGGAUGCUGUGGAAACAAAGGAGAACAGCGAUGGCACAGUGACGGUUAAUUAUUGCCCGAAGGAACGUGGCAUGCAUGAGCUGCACGUGACUACUUCAACCGCUGGUUGCGACGUUCGAAUGCCACUAAAGGGCAGCCCAUUCAAGUUCUUUGUGGACAAUGCCGCCAGUGGCAAUGUGAUCGCCCAUGGACCUGGUCUGAGCCACGGCGUCACCGGACAGCCCGCUGAAUUCACUGUCGACAUGAAGGACGUCGGCGCUGGAGGUUUGUCAAUUUCGGUGGAGGGACCCUCAAAAGUUGAGCUGUCGUGCACUGACAACGGCGAUGGGACCUGCCGCGUCACCUACUAUCCAAUGGCUCCUGGCGAGUACACAAUCAAUCUGAAGUUCAUGGACAAGCCCAUCUCUGGAUCUCCUUUCAUUGCAAAGAUAACUGGCGAACCAAAGAAAAGAACUCAAAUGAAUAUGAGCUCCAUGAGCUGUGUCUCGUUUGACUCGGUGGCCGAGGAUAUUUCUCUUCUAACCGCCACUGUGACGAGUCCCUCUGGCCACGAAGAACCAUGUGUACUUAAAAAACUUCCAAAUAAUCGAAUGGGUAUUUCUUUCACUCCCAAAGAAAACGGUGAACACCUUGUGAACAUAUUCAAGGCAGGAAAACACAUUCCCAAGAGUCCUUUCCGCAUCAAUAUUUCCACUGAAGAUGUUGGCGAUCCCACCCGGGUGCGAGUCAUUUGGCCCGAGGGUGUCCAGCCGAUGGCGAACCAACGCAACGAAUUCCUCGUCGACAGUAAAACCGCUGGUUAUGCAACCCUGAGCUUGUCGAUAGAAGGCCCAAGCAAGGCGGAGAUUGAGUGCACAGACAACAGCGACGGCACCUGCACCGUGAGCUACUGCCCCACUGAGCCAGGAACUUACCUCGUGAACGUGAAGUACGCCGAUCAGCAUGUGCCCGGCAGUCCCUUCACUAUUAAUGUCGGUGGAGAGGCCUCGCAGAGGAUGGUUCAACGCAUCGUCCGUAGCCGACAGUCUAUCGAGGCGACUCAAGUUGGAAGCAAAUGCGAUUUCACCAUGAAAAUUCCAGGCAUGGUUCCCAUUCUUGCCUUCACAAUGAGUGACAUACGAGGGAUUACAGGAGAGGUUCAUUCGCCGUCUGGAAAACGUAUUCCGUGCGAAAUCGUGCCGAUUGAUGACGAAAAGUUCACUGUUCGCUUUGUCCCCCAGGAGACAGGCAGUCACAGCGUCAGUAUUUUUAACCGUGGCGUCCACGUUCCAGGAAGCCCAUUCCAAUUCACGGUUGGUCAGCCUGCAGAAGGCGGGCCGGACAAGGUUCGCGUUUCGGGCCGAGGUCUGGAAUCUGGCGAGGUGAACAAGUUGAACGAAUUUUCAAUCUACACACGCGAAGCAGGCGCUGGUGGCCUUUCAAUUGCUAUCGAAGGCCCAAGCAAGGCAGAAAUUUCUUUCAAGGACCAACAAGAUGGCUCCUGUACGGUCUUCUACAAAGUGCGCCGUCCAGGAGAGUAUAUUUGCUCCAUUAAAUUCAAAGACGAACACGUGCCAUUCUCGCCUUUCCACAUUUACAUUUCCGACCCCAAAGAGGGCGGGCGAAGUGAAGCCUAUGAAAUACCCAUCCAGUUCACAGCCACUGAUGCCCUCCGCUCUGAACGUGACUCGGUCCAGGUCCUCGGCCCCGUAUCCUUUACUGUGCACUGUCUGGAUACCGACCACGUUCUCCUGGCUACCGUGGAAUCGCCAUCGAAAACUGUUGAGGAGGCGACAGUGUGCAAGUUGGAUGGGGACCAGCAUGUUGUCCGAUUCAUCCCUCGGGAAAGUGGCACCCACUUUGUCCGCGUUUUCCUCAUUCCCCAGUCAGAAAUCCAUCUCGGUGUACGCUCUCCUAACGCGAGGGAGAUUGAUGGUUCACCCUUCCCUGUUGUAGUUGGAGACAACAUGGCUGACCCCGGCACUGUCUAUGCCACUGGUGAUGGUCUUGUCCACGGUUGUGUUGGAAUGAAAAAUAAAUUUUUCGUAAAUACUGCAAACGCUGGAGAAGGUCUUUUGAGUGUCGUUGUUGAUGGACCCUCAAAGGUGAAAGUCAUUUGCGAGGAACGCCACGAUGGUUACGAAUUUUCAUACAUCCCUACGGCACCCGGUGAUUACAAGAUUAACAUUAAGUAUGGUGGCAAUUUCGACAUCUUCGGUUCACCGUUCCUCGCGAAAAUCACAGGAGCGCCAAUGGGUGACCAAAAACAGGAAGACGUCGAGCCUACAACGGUUGUGUUUAACACGGCGACCAAAACAAUGACCAGUUGUACGUAUGAAGCAACCGACACAAUUUCCAAGGGAAUCGCACAAAACGUGACAUGCUCUGGUCUUGGUCUCAAGCGCGGUUUCGUCGGAAAGACUAACCAGUUCUUCAUCGAUGCAAGCAAAGCUGGCAACUCAAUGCUCUUAGCGGGCAUGACAGGUCCGACCCGCCCUUGCGAACGCCUCGAAAUCGUGCACACCGGUGGCAACCGGUAUUGCGUGAGCUAUCACGUGGAGGACGUUGGCAAAUACUGGCUUUCCAUUAUGUGGGGUGACCAGCACAUCCCCGGAAGUCCUUUCCAAGUUGAAGUCACGCAGUAA